CUAGAGCGGCCCCGGAAAGGCUGUGGUUCCCCUGGGAGUGAGGGUGUUCGCGACCGGACGGCUGCCAGGCCCGCCCCUCCGCUCGGUGAUGGUCAUUGUCCUCCAGAACAGUGAUGGAGGAACUGUUGGCCCAGGAAGCAGCAGGAUCACCAAGGAUCCAGUUUCAGUCUUUGGAGACUCAGUCUGAGGGUCUGUUCCCAGAGCCUCAGUUCAUACAGGACACCGACAUGGAGCAGGGACUCACUGGGGGAUUUCCAAUUUCCAAGCCUGAUGGGAUCUCCCAGCUGGAACAAGAUCUACAGAUCUUUGAUCUGGAAACUAAGAAUAGAGAAGUCUUAAGAGAUGACUACUCAGAUGGAGAGACCAGAGAAGAGAAGCUGUUGAUUCCUAAGCAGAAAAUUUCGGAAGAAGUACAUUCAUACAAAGUGAGAGUAGGAAGACUCAAACAGGAUAUUGCCCAAGUUCCUGAUACUAGAGAAGUGUGUAAGUCUGAGGACAGAUUAGAAAGGCUUCAGGAAAUUCUAAGGAAAUUUCUCUUCCUGGAGAGAGAGUUUAGACAAAUAACAAUCUGCAAGGAAAGCUUCACCAGUGAGAAGAACAAUGAAUGCAGUGAACCUGAAAAAAGCUUCAGUGUGGAGUCUACCAUUGAUACAGAUCAGAGAGUUCUUAGAAUACAGAAUAUUGAUGACAAUGAUAAAUACGACAUGAGCUUCAAGCAGAAUGCAGCUGCUGAUAAACAUGAACACAUAAAUCUAACACAGAAUUUUCAGAGUAGUGAGUACAAGGAAAGCUUAAUGGAUCUCUCCCACCUUAAUACAUGGGAGAACAUUUCUACCACGGAGAAAUCCUGUAAGUGUGAUGUGUGUGGGAAAAUGUUCCUUCAGAGCUCAGCCCUUAUUAGACAUCAGAGAAUUCAUACUAGAGAGAAACCCUACAAAUGUAAAGAAUGUGAAAAAUCUUUCAGUCAGAGCUCAAGUCUUAGUCGACAUAAAAGAAUACAUGCUAGAGAAAAACCCUAUAAAUGUGAAGCAUCUGAUAAAUCCUGUGAAGUGUCUGAUAAGUCCUGUAGUCAAAGUUCAGGCAUAAUUCAACAUAAGAAAAUUCACACCAGAGCCAAAUCUUAUAAGUGUAGCAAUUGUGAAAGAGUCUUCAGUCGUAGUGUGCACCUUACUCAACAUCAGAGGAUUCACAGAGAGAUGCCCUGUAAGUGUACUGUAUGUGGCAGUGACUUCUGUCAUACUUCAUACCUAGUUGAACAUCAGAGGGUCCACCAAGAAUCGAAAUCCUAUGAGUACGGUGAGUGUGGGUUGGCCUAUAUUAAACAUCAAGGACUUCGUUUCAGAGAAAAGCCCUAUACAUGUAAUGAAUGUGGAAAAGACUUCAGAUUGAAUUCACAUCUUAUUCAGCAUCAAAGAAUUCACACAGGAGAGAAACCACACGAAUGUAAUGAAUGUGGAAAAGCUUUCAGUCAAACCUCAUGCCUUAUUCAGCAUCACAAAAUGCACAGAAAAGAUAAGUCAUAUGAAUGUAAUGAUUAUGAGGAAAGUUUCAGUCAUAGCUCAGAUCUUAUCCUGCAACAAGAAGUCCUCACCAGACAAAAAGUCUUUGAUUGUGAUGCAUGGGAAAAGAACUUCAGUCAGAGAGCGCACCUGGUUCAGCAUGAAAGAAUUCAUACCAAAGAGAAACCUUAUGAAUGUAAUGAACAUGGGAAGACAUUUAGUCAAGUUCAGGCUUCAUUCAGCAUUUGAGAGUUCACACCAGGGAGAACUCAUGUAGGUACUGAAUGUGGUAAAAGCCUUUAGUCAUAGCUCAACCCUUACUCAGCAUCAGAGAAUUCACACCAGAGAGAAACCCUCUUGAAUGUGACAAACGCAGGAAAGCUAUUAGUGUUAAACUCUUAAUCAACUCCUACAAAUCCAUACCAGUGCGAAAAUCUAUGAAUGUAUUGAAUGUGUUAAAUUCUUCAUGCUAUUUUCAUACCUUAAUCGUAAUUGGAAAGUUCAUACUGGAAUAAAAUUCCAUUACUGAAAUGAAUGUGAAAAAGCCAUCAAACUACCUUGUUUGGUAUCAAAUUCAUGUCAUAUAGAAAGCUUAUGAAUGUAAUAAAUAUGUAUGUGUGUAUGAGGAGAUGCAGGCAUAACCCAGUGCUCAUUC